CUGCCAAGCGUUGUGCGUCCAAGUGUUUAUUCGUUACGUAAAGUUACUCACCUUCCUUUAUCUCACCACUCGUUUUUUUUACGUCUUCAUUUUGAAACGCGGGCAGCGGUCUGCAAAAAAAAAAAAAACGAUAUAACAUGGAAGGAUCAAGUAUCGCCGAGUUUUACAAAGGUCGAACGGUGUUUAUCACCGGUGCGACAGGUUUCAUGGGCAAGGUGUUGGUAGAAAAGCUGCUCCGCUCGUGUCCCGGAGUCGAGCAACUCUACUUGUUGAUGAGACCUUCCAAGGGCAAGGACGUCAGUACUCGCCUGCGCGAAUUCAUUGACAAUCAGGUGUUUGAAAACCUGCGCAACGAACAUCCGGAACAAUUAAAGAAAAUUGCUGCCGUGGCGGGUGAUGUAACAUUUCCUGGAUUCGGCCUCUCGCCUGAAGAUAUGCAGCUCAUUACCGACAAUGUGUCGAUCGUUUUUAAUUCCGCCGCCACUGUUAAAUUCGAUGAAGAACUCAAAACGGCUGUUCAGCUCAACGUCAAAGGUCCAAGAGAAUUAUUGGCAAUUUGCCGCAAAAUGGAAAAACUACAGGCGGUCGUUCAUGUUUCAACGGCGUUCAACAAUUUGGACCGUGAAGAGCUGGACGAAGUGAUUUAUCCUGCCACCAUCGACCCCAUAAAAUUGAUUGAAUUGAUUGACUGCCUUGACGAUGGACUUGUCCGUGCCAUAACCAAAGAGUUGGUCGGCCAGUGUCCCAACACAUAUACGUACACUAAAGCGUUAGCCGAACAGCUUCUUGAGAGAGAAUGCGGUGACAUUCCGCUAGCCAUCGUCCGCCCAUCGAUCGUCACAGCAGCCGAGCAGGAGCCUCUUCCGGGAUGGGUCGACAAUCUGAACGGGCCAACAGGAUUCGUCUCCGGAGUCGGCAAAGGUUUCAUUCGCACUUUCAAAAUAAACUCCCAACUGGUUGGGGAUAUCGUUCCUGUCGACUACCCCAUCAAUCUGAUGAUUGCUGUUGGUUGGCACACGGCCAUUCAAAACAAGCGUUUAAAUAAUACCAGCGGAAUUCCCAAGAAGAUCGAGGUGUACAAUUGCUCAACCGGACAGAAGAAUCCUCUUACGUGGGCGAAGUUUCGAGAGAUCGGUUUCAAGUAUUGGCUCAAGUAUCCAACUGUGGAAAUGAUGUGGUAUCCCAACUGCAGUUUCACCAAGAGCCGAACGGUGCACAAGAUCGACCAAGCCAUUUCCCAUUACCUGCCCGCCUACGCCUUAGAUUUAGUUGCCCGUCUAACCGGCAAACGUGUCAAAUGGGUGCGUUUAUACGAUCGUGCACAUCACGCCAUCUCCUGCUUGGAUUUCUUUAUGACUCACCAAUGGCGGUUUGUCAGCGAAAAUCCUAUUCGUCUCCUUGACUUCCUAUCCGAAGCUGAUAGACGCACCUUUUAUUUUGACGUCCGCCAAAUCGACUGGAAUACGUACAUAGGAACGUACGUGGCCGGUGCCCGCCGUUACAUUUUGAAAGACGACCCUAGCACACUACCAGCUGCAAGGAGAAACCUCAAAAAGCUUUACGCAGCAAAGAUGCUGCUACGUCUGAUACUGCUGGCCGUCUUCCUUUUAGUCUUGUCGUACCUGUGGCAGCAAGUGUCUUCUUGGAGAAGCAACACUCCUGGCGGAUAUAUGGCCAGCGAUAACAUCACUUUUCUCCAUCUGCAAAGCGAAGUGGAGAAGGAAACAAGCAAUCAAGGCAUCAAUCCUUAUCUAACGAGCGGCAUCAAGUCCUAGUGGCCAUCCUCUUUGUUUUCUUCACGUAUGUUUUUCCUCUUUUUUGUACUUUUUGUUUUUUUUUUCUGUUUUUGUUUGGGAAACAUUUUGAGACUUGAUUUUCAUACUAUUUGACGUGUUUCCCAUCAAAAGAAAUCUCGACAAAAGAGUAUACCAUUGUUACAUAACUUUAUAUCUUGGAGACUGCCGCAACGGCAGGUCUAGCAAACUGAAUACGGACCCAGAGAACUGGACGCUGAGCAGAUUCUAAUUUUUUACUUUCACAAACCAUUCGUGUAGCCGGAACCAUCUGCACAAUCUCUCUUCAAAGACUGUGUGACUCUUUGUGCAAAACCAAAUUCAUCGAGACGUGGUCAUAAAAAAGGACUAUUUUUUAAAAGAUAUCCUUUGCUAUAGCUGAUAUGACAACUCGCUGUAUUAUUAUUCAAUAAUCUUUACUAUCCAUGUAGACUCGCUGACUGUUUCGAUUUUCUCUCUCUUUUUUUUCUGUAAGAAAACAUCCUACAAUACAAUAAUUUUUUAAAAACUACAA